UUUAACGUUAAAACUAAGAUAAAAACAAACUAGUAACCUCUGUGCGUGAACGCAUAAGUACAGUCCAAUUAAUGAUUUCUCGACAAUAGUACAACGAACUUAACUAAAAUCCGUUCUAGAGUUCCAUAAAAAUGCAAGGUUGUGGCUAUGAGCAGGAAUGCUCAUAGAAACAAAAAAGAGGGGGGAUUGUAAAGCCAAAUUGCCCCCGUGACUGGCUCCGUGAUCUUGGGCAGGUUGUGGUUUCAUGUUUCCUAGCAGUGCAAAGUAGGAUGGACCCAGAGACUGAGGCUAGCCAACCCGGGAACGACACAGCGAGCCCAACCUCUGAGGGGAGGACAACAUGGCCAGCGUGGGAACUACACAAAGGACCAGACUGCUAACCUACCUCAAAUGAGCCAAUCUGGAUUGACGGGAAGGAGAUGUUAAAUGUAGCCAAGAAACCAGCUUCUUGCUUUGUGAACUUCUCCAGAUUACAGCAGAUCACAAAUAUUCAAGCUGAAAUCAGUCAGAAAAACAUGGAAAUUGAACUCCUGAGACUAGAAAAAGAUACAGCAGAUGUUGUCCAUCCUUUCUUCUUAGCUCAGAAAUGUCAGACCUUGCAAAGCAUGAAUAAUCACUUGGAAGCAGUACUGAAAGAGAAGCGAUCCCUCAGGCAGAGACUGAUGAAACCUAUAUGCCAGGAAAACUUGCCUAUUGAAGCUAUUUAUCACAGGUGUAUGGUACAUUUGCUGGACCUGGCAGUGAAUUUCAUUGAGAACUUAGAAUCUCAUCUGGAAACCAUGAGAAAUAUUCCCCAUUUGGAUGCAAAUCUAAAGAACAUGAGCAAGGCUUUAGCAAAAGUGGAUAUUUUGGUAACUGAGACAGAAGAACUGGCAGAUAAUAUACUCAAGUGGCGAGAACAACAAAGGGAAGUUUCUUCUUUUAUCCCUAAAAUAUUAGCUGAAGAAAAUUAUCUUCAUAAACAUGACAGCAAGAUGCCUCUUUUGCCUUUUAAUUCCAAAGUUCAUGUCCAAACUAUUAAUACUAAAUGAACAUCAGCUAUUUCUUUUUGCUUAAUUAUAUGUGAUUGUAAGAAGUCUAUUUCUAAUCAAAUGUGAUCUGAAUAUUCAUAGGCUUUGUUGCUAGCAAAAAAGCUGUUUUUGUAUCAAGGUAGCAGGAUUCCAGGUUCAUUAGGAUCAAACAAUUUCCCUCCCUCCCCUAAAUGUUUUCAUUCCACUUUUCAACAUAACUAGUGAGGGUCAAAUAAUACCUAUGAAAAUUUAUUAACUAUUCUUCAGGCAGUGUACUUGCUGUUAAGUGUCUUUUAACAUGCAUAUUCCUGAAUUAGAAGUCUUCUCCACUCUGAAACUGUCAGCUGAUGAUUCCUGUGGAAUUGUGAAUGAGCACUCAGCCAGCAUUAAGAGAGCAAGCCUGUCUUUGAAAGGCUUUUGAAAGGCUGGCCCUUGGCUGGCAUCUGGAAAUGUAGAUUUCAGGAGUGUGCCCAUCAUACUAACUGAUAAGAGAGAUUAAAUGUUAAAAUAAACAAGAAAUUGAUUGUGUGGUGUAUGCUGAACACUUGCUUUCUCUCUGGGAAUUUUGGGUACACAUUAGGCAGAUGGUGUUUGCAUGACUAGCUCCCACAAAAAACCCUGGGCACUGAGUCUCUAAUGAAGGUCUGUGGAAGAGAACAUGUCACAUGUGUUUUCCAUCUGUGGCUGCUUUAAGUGCAUCCUGUGUGACUCCAUUGAAUCACAGUAGAGUCCUCUCCUCUGGAGAGGACACUAAAAGCUUGUGCCUGGUUUUUCCCUGAACUUCACCCCAUGAACCUUUACCCUGUGCCAGUUUGCUGUGCACCUUUCACAGUAAUAAUCCUUAGCUAUGAGUAUGACUGUAUGUGCCAGUCCUGGUGAAUCACUGAACUUGAAUUAGGUAUGGCAGCCCAAACACACAAAGCAAUUCUUGUGGGUGCUUACUGGCUGCCUUAGGUAUAGGCAGAGAAAGAGAAAUGGCACAGUCUAAUAAAAUUUUAGAGGUUUACCAUGUCAAGUGCUCAGAUCUUUUGUGCCUUUAAUAGGAAAUGAUAUGCUGAUUCAAACAACUGCCUUAGAAAACACUGAUCCUGUGUCAGCAGUAUGACUCUCCAUGGUUGUUUUUUUUUAAUUUUCAGACAGAGUUUUCUUUUACGUGAAAACAUGCAUUUCAGUAUUUUUGUACUGUUGCAUUCCCUGUAUUGCUGAUUCUUGCAUUUAUUACCCUCAACACAAAGAAACUUCAGCCACAGUAAAUAUGAUGAGUAAAGUAAUUGAUUGUUCAUGAGGAAAUAGGAUAAUUUAAAAAAAAAUCCUGGAGAAACAAUGAGGGAUCGUUUUGAAGUCCGUUUUGCUGAUUUGUGCGAGUAGAGUGGUCCUGUCUUGAACGUUGCCUUCCCCUUUGUAUUUCAUCAGAACUCUGGUCAAGCCCUGACUUGGUGUCCAAGCAUUGUUGUCAUGUGAUUUCCUUUAUUACCUCACUAUCUCAAUAUGCCUUUUGUGUUAGGAAUAUUGAUUGGUAAACCUGAAUUUUUUGGUUUGUGUUCUUUUUCAAAAUAUUAAAAUAAAACUAAUUUCUAACAAAAA